CAGCAUUUAUUUCAUAUUGUUAUUUCUCAAUGCUGCUCCAGAUUGACAACAACCUCAUUCUAACUCUGUGGUAUUCUCCUAGUAUCAAUCAGACCAAUUAGUUAAUGGCGUCAUUGGCCUGCAUAAGAGCCAAAGUUUAGUGUACAAAACAAACAAUAUAAACACAUUACUAUAUUAAUCUAGGAGGCAAUGUUUUUAAAUUGAUAUGUGACUUUUCUAGACACCCGCAUCCCAUUCCCUAAUUGCUUUGAUCCUAGGAGCCGCCAUGGUUGAGUGGUCACAUUGCUCGAUAGAUACUCACAGAGUAUUAUAUAGAUCCGAGUCCGAGAAGGAUCGGAUGGGCUCUAGUCACCAGCCAUGGAAUAACUCCGGUCAAGUCACUAACAGUUGUUUGUCUCGGAUCAUCCGUCCGAUAGCAUGCUGAUUGUUUUAUGACAUACAGUUGCUCUUGCGGCUAGUAUGUGGUAGGAAGCUUAAGCUAUUGAGCGCAAGAAGUCUGUGUCAGGCUGACCUUCUGUCCGAAGCUACAGCUAGUAUUAAUUGUAGAAAAGAUGUCGGGCUACUGAAUCUGUCACUAGACAUCACCUCAGACUACAAGGUAGCCGAGGAGCAGGAGUACUCUUACUGCAGAUCUUAGUCAAUGUUUUCUAAAAAAACUCAUGAUUGCUUUGAUAUUGAAAGCCGAAUACAAAAUCGCUUUCUCUCAUCCGAAAGAGAAUACAUCUAUCUAUCGAAUAAAAAAUUUGAUCGGAAUUCGACAAUUUAUGUUAAAACCAGUUUCGACAAAAAUAUGCAAACAUUUUUUUUUGGUAUAUUUACAUGAAGAACUUUCUAACAUGAGUAUUAAAUAUAAUUAUAUUAUGUACCAAUUAAAAGUUCAUCUAAAGUCUUAUCAAGUGACCUUCUAGCUACACGUUGGGCUAUGCUAGGGGAUAACAACUGUCAGUGCAACUAUAAUUUUCCUAUGGAUUUCGGGGUUAGCCUUUUCAUUGAAGAACUCUAAAAACUCAUUACUUUUAAAAUUGGAAGUCAUUUUUAUGAAUUUUCAAACUAGACACCUUACGGAUCAUGACAAUAUCUUUAUUUCAAAAGUGUCUUUUUUAGAAAAAUCUAUUUGAUCUCUGGAAACAAAGUAUUGAAUAUAGAUGAAAAUUUGUGUGUAUUUUGUAGAAGUACCCGAGAAGAGAUAAUGAAAACUCACAACUCGAAAAAAUAUUGGUGAUCAAAAAUAUAUUUUUCUCAGUUUUGUCUAUAGAUUGGUCUAAUUGUGAUUAGAAUGUCCUAAUAAUUUCAGGUCAAAAUAUUGUCAUUCGAUUCUUUUGUGUAUACUGUGUACGACGCUAAAAUUUCAGUAAAAUAUCUAUAACUUUGUUGGGAAGGUCUAGAAGUUCUUAUCAUUUUAGAGUUCUUAAUAUCUCAUUAUGGUCUACCUUAUGCACACAGUCUGAACCAGAAAGGAAAAGUGAAACUUUGGUACUCUAAAGUAUGAAUGGGAUGUUGAAGUCUCGCUUUUUGCCUCUUUGGUUCGAACUCAAAAAUGAUUUUCAAGUUGAAAAGAUUCCCUUGCUACUUUUUUUUUCUGUUGCGGAUUGAUUUCUACCUGUUUUUUUUAAAUUUAGGUAAAACCUGCACUUCGUCGUGAUGCUCGUAAUUGUAUUGAAUUUUCAUUAAUUAAUUCUGAAACAAAUGAACGUGCACCACCUUGUCUUAUUACUGGUUAUCCCGUACUUGCUGAUUGUGUUAUUUUUGAUCGAUAUAAUUUAAUGGCAAAUAAAGAAGAUUGGAAUAAAUUUGUUUUAUCGGCAAAAUCAAUUCGACGUGAAACAUUACAAGAUUGUUUGAAAUUUCUUGCAAAAUGGACAGGAACACAACCCAAUAAAACAAAUAAAUAUUUCGAAAUAAAAUUAUUGCCUAUUGUUUUUAAACAUCAAUAA